AUGCCGAUGCCGGUUCAAGCGCAUAACAUCCCAAAUCCUCAACAAGUUCUCCCUGCACAGCAACGACAUGUACCCGCUCACCCAGAUCCAGCCGUUCGGCGCAGUCGCAAGCCGACUGAUAAGACCCUACCUGAUAAUAUUGAGGAUGCUGUGAUUGGCGAAGCAGUCCAGCAGUACAAACGCAUGCAAGAGGUCGAAAAAAGACUGGAUUCUACCAUUAUGAAGAAGAGACUGGACCUUCAGGAUUCCGUGAAUCGGAAUACAAGACGAUAUCGAACAUUGAGACUAUGGAUAUCGAAUACUGUGGAGCAACAACCAUGGCAGCAGCUGGAGCAGAAUCCUGAAGUUCCGCCGAGAAUAGGUGCCGGACGGUACAAAGUGAAAAUUGAAGGACGGCUUCUUGACGAUGCCACGGAUCCCACGGCGCCAGACGAGGGAGAUGAAGUCGAUAAAGAUCUCCCCGAAAAAGAGAAAGACGCGGAUGCAAUGGAAGAGGAUAGCAAAUCACAGAAAAAGGAGGACGCGAAGCCUUCCACACCGUCCACAAGAAAGAGACUGGCGCACUUUUUUAAAGCUAUCUCGGUUGAAUUUGACAAGCCGUCUGCCCCGGGGGUGGCUGAUUUAGCCACAAUAAUCUGGACUAAACCUGCUCUACCUCCCAACGCUGCGACUCUCCCGCCUGCCGCUGAUUUUGACUCUUUGGAGUUCUCGCGGGCCGCUGAAGUUAACAUCAACGGCACCAUCACUAUGACAAGGGACGAAAACCCGGAGCGUUUCCUCUUAAGCAAUGAAUUAGCGUCUAUUCUUGAUGUGGAAGAAGAAUCCCGUGCUGGGAUCAUCAUCGGAUUAUGGGAGUAUAUAAAGACCGCAGGACUUCAGGAAAGCGAAGAGCGGCAAGCUGUAGCGUGCAAUGAACGUCUAAGAGCGAUUUUUGGACGAGACAAAAUCUAUUUUCCCGCCAUUCCUGAGCUUAUUGGGCCCCAUUGCAACCCCCUUCCGCCCAUCAAAAUCCCUUUCACAAUCCGCGUCGACAAAGACUUCCACACCAACCCGGUCCCAGCCAUCUACGACAUCCGCAUCGCCGUCGACGACCCUCUCCGUAACAAAAUGCUCCAAGUAAGCGCCUCACCAGAGUUCCCCAACAUGCUCCGACGAGUCUCCAGUCUGGACGAUCAGCUCGCUCUCGUAGUUCAAGCGCUGCACCAUUCCAAGGCCAAACACUCCUUCUACACCAAUCUCAGUCAGGAUCCUGUGAACUUUAUUAGACGAUGGAUCUUGAGUCAGAAGCGUGACCUAGAGACUAUCCUGGGCGAGUCUACGAGAGCAGGCCGUGCGGAUAGUGAUGCGCCGGAGUUCAGGAGAGGAGGGUUGAAUAGUGCGUGGGAUACGCCUGUUGCUAAAGAAGCGGUGAGAUAUAUGCUUGCUAGGCCGCCUCAACCUGGGCGCUGA